UAGCUUCUUCCUGGUCUCCCACACGGGUGCUGGGGCCCAAGGACUUGGGCCAUCUUCUACUGCUUUCCUAGGCCAUAGCAGAGAGCUGGAUUGGAAGUGGAGCAGCUGGGACUCGAACUGGUGCUCAUAUGGGAUGCCGACACUGCAGGCGGCAGCUUUACCUUCUAUGCCACAGUGCCUGACCCUUAUUUAUUUAUUUGAGAGGCAGAGUUACAGAGAAAGAGCGAGGGAGAGACACAGAGAGAGGUCUUCUGUCUGCUGGUUCAUGCUCCAAAUGGCCGCUGGCAAUGGCUGGAGCUGGGCCGAUCUGAAGUGAGGAGCCAGGAGCUUCUUCCAGGUCUCCCACAUGGGUGCAGGGGCCCAAGCAGUUGGGCCAUCCUCUACUGCUUUCCCAGGCCCUAAGCCAGGAGCUGGAUAAGAAGAGGAGCAGCUGGGACCUGAACUGGUGCCCAUAUAGGAAGCCAGCGCUGCAGGUGGAGUCCCUACUACUAUGCCACAGCGCCGGUCCCUCAUGGACCAUUUAAACCUUGGUGUCAGAUGAUUUUUUUUUCCCCCAAGUUUUUUUCUUUGCUCCCUCUUCCCCCUUAAGAGGUGAUUUGAUUAAUUGAUUUGAAAGGCACAGUGACAGAGAGGAACAGAGAAACUGUCCAUCCACUGGUUCACUUUCCAAAUGCCCACAACAGCUGGUCCAGGUCAGGCCUAACUAAGCCAGAAGCUCCAUCUGGGUCUCCCAUUUAGAUCGUGGGAACCCAAGUCCUUGGGCCAUCACCAGAUGCCCUUUCCCCGUUCCCCAGAGGAGCUCCCAUGUUCAUGCCCACAGCAACCCCUGAGGCAGGGACUGUUGUUCUCGUUGAUUUUGUGAGGAUGUAGACCGGAGAAAGGGAAGCGACUUGUUCCAAGACUCACAGCCACGGUAUUGUAGGGAGUCCCACUCAGGAUUGGACUCUGCCGUGACCCACUCUUGGCUCUCAGUCAGUGUUACAGAUCAGGAGCAGUGCUGCCUGCCUCAGGAGAGACUGGGGAUGACCGUGAGGGGUGGUGACUCCUGAGCCCCGUGCAACAUAGCUUCUGAUCUUUGUAAAUUUUGGGGUCAAGCAGAACAUGAAUGACACCAUCAUAUGAUUUGCUGGCAGGAUGAGGAGGCUUGAGGAUGUAGCUGUCGAGAGCCCUGUUGUAGCUGCAGACGGACCCAAGCUUUGGCAUAUUAGCAUGGUGACUAGCUCUCUGCCAUUUCCUCCUGACCUCGAGGAACAGCCAUGUCAUCAGAAUCAAGUAAGAAACGGAAGCCCAAAGUCAUCCGAAGCGAUGGAUCCCAAACUGAAGGGAAGCGGAACCGCUCAGACACCGAGCAGGAAGGAAAAUACUACAGCGAGGAGGCGGAGGUGGACCUGCGGGACCCUGGCAGAGACUAUGAGCUGUACAAGUACACGUGCCAGGAGCUGCAGAGGCUCAUGGCUGAGAUCCAGGACCUCAAGAGCAGGGGCGGCAAGGAAGUGGCAAUUGAAAUUGAAGAACGGAGGAUCCAGAGCUGUGUGCAUUUCAUGACGCUAAAGAAGCUUAACCGAUUAGCCCACAUCAGGUUGAAGAAAGGAAGAGACCAGACCCACGAGGCUAAGCAGAAAGUAGACGCCUAUCACCUGCAGCUACAGAACCUGCUGUAUGAGGUGAUGCACCUGCAGAAGGAGAUCACCAAGUGUCUGGAGUUUAAGUCAAAGCAUGAAGAAAUUGAUCUGGUCAGUUUGGAGGAGUUUUAUAAGGAGGCUCCGCCAGAUAUCAGCAAGGCUGAAGUCACCAUGGGAGACCCUCACCAGCAGACUCUGGCGCGUCUGGACUGGGAGCUGGAGCAGCGGAAGAGGCUGGCAGAGAAGUACCGAGAGUGCCUGUCCAACAAGGAGAAGAUUCUCAAGGAGAUAGAGGUGAAGAAGGAAUACCUGAGCAGCCUACAGCCUCGCCUCAACAGCAUCAUGCAGGCUUCCCUCCCAGUGCAGGAGUACCUGUUCAUGCCGUUCGACCAGGCUCACAAGCAGUACGAGACAGCUAGGCACCUGCCGCCUCCACUCUACGUGCUCUUUGUUCAGGCCACUGCUUACGGGCAGGCCUGUGCUCAUAUGAAAUCCUCCUCCCAGCCCCCUAGACAGGAUAAGACGUUGUCUGUGGCGAUCGAAGGCAGUGUGGAUGAAGCCAAGGCUCUGUUCAAGCCUCCUGAGGACUCUCAAGAUGACGAGAGUGACUCUGAUGCCGAGGAGGAGCAGACCACGAAACGCCGGCGGCCCACACUGGGGGUUCAGUUGGACGACAAGCGCAAGGAGAUGCUGAAGCGGCACCCGCUGUCCGUCAUGCUGGAUGUAAAGUGUAAAGAUGACAGUGUGCUUCACCUGACCUUUUACUACCUCAUGAACCUCAACAUCAUGACAGUGAAAGCCAAAGUGACAACCGCCACGGAGCUGAUCACUCCCAUCAGUGCAGGGGACUUGCUAUCUCCUGACUCAGUCCUGAGCUGUUUGUAUCCCGGAGAUCAUGGGAAGAAAACUCCGAAUCCAGCCAAUCAGUAUCAGUUUGAUAAAGUUGGCAUCCUGACUUUGAGAGACUAUGUACUUGACCUGGGUCACCCUUAUUUGUGGGUGCAGAAGUUGGGUGGCCUCCACUUCCCCAAAGAGCAGCCCCAGCACACUGUGGUUGCUGACCACUCGCUGAGCGCUAGCCACAUGGAGACCACCAUGAAGCUGCUGAAGACCAGGGUGCAGUCCCGCCUGGCCCUCCACAAACAGUUUGCAUCCCUGGAGCAUGGCAUUGUACCAGUUACCAGUGAUUGCCAGUACCUCUUCCCUGCCAAGGUUGUCUCUCGCCUGGUGAAGUGGGUGACGAUUCCCCAUGAGGAUUACAUGGAUCUCCAUUUCACCAAAGACAUUGUGGAGGCGGGACUGGCAGGAGACACCAAUCUCUACUACAUGGCGCUCAUCGAAAGGGGCACAGCCAAACUGCAGGCUGCUGUGGUGCUGAACCCUGGCUACUCCUCUAUCCCACCUGUUUUCCAGCUCUGUCUGAACUGGAAGGGGGAGAAGACGAACAGCAACGAUGACAACAUUCGGGCCAUGGAGAGCGAGGUCAACGUGUGCUACAAGGAGCUGUGCGGCCCCCGGCCCAGUCACCAGCUCUUGACCAAUCAGCUGCAGCGGCUGUGCGUGCUGCUGGAUGUCUACCUGGAGACCGAGAGCCACGAUGACAGUGUGGAGGGGCCCAAGGAGUUUCCCCAGGAGAAGAUGUGUCUGCGGCUUUUCAGGGGUCCCAGCAGGAUGAAGCCGUUUAAAUAUAACCAUCCUCAGGGAUUCUUCAGCCAUCGCUGACCUCCUGCUCCAGCUAUCGUUUCCCGCAAAGCACCGCCGGAGUCCAGGGCCUCUGCUUCCUAUUGUAUUGCACGCGUGGCUCAUGGUACUCUCCAGAGACACCAAUUAAAGUGUCCCCUGACCCAGUGGUCUGUCUGUGGCUCCUUGUGGUGUGGAAGCAUCUAAGAAUAGAUGUUUCUUAUGUGGCCAAGAAAAGCAGAGUGCAAAAAGAUUCCAGUUGUGCAGAGAUGCUGCCCCAUUUCCACGCACCUGUUUUCACAGGGGGUCCUUACCAUCACGGUGUGCAUCAUCGUAGGCCCCUGCAGGCAAGAGAAGCCAAAGGCAGCAGAGCACAAGAAGCGAAAGCUCUGCUUCCUUCUACUCCCCUCUUUCCACCUCGCUUGCCAGUGCACUUGGUGGCUGAAUUCUCGGAUUGUUGGAUGUUAAUAAACAUCUCACAGUGCAGCAUGGAAAAGAAGAGGGGGCCGGUGCUGUGGCACAGCGGGUAAAGCUGCUGCCAUCAGUGCCGGCAUCCCAUAUGGGUGCUGGUUCGAGUCCCAGCUGCUCCACUUCCAAUCCACCUCUCUGCUAUGGCCUGGGAAAGCAGUAGAAGAUGGCCCAGGUCCUUGGGCCCCUGCACCCACAUGGAAGACCCGGAGGAAGCCGCUGGCUCCUGGCUUCAGAUUGGCACAGCUCUGGCCAUUGCAGCCAUCUGAGGAGUGAACUAGCAGAUGGAAGACCUCUCUCUCUCUCUGCCUUUACCUCUGUAACUCUG